CGUGUUUUAAGACGUCUAUUGGUUUAUUUCACCAUUAGUCAUCCAAAUCUAUUCGCUCAUUGGCCUAACGACCUGCCACUCAGUGCUCGCGAGGGUGUUGACGUAAUCUGGGUUUAUCAAUUCCCUCCGUUUGGUUGCAGAUAGACGCCCGUCUUGACAUCCUUACGAGAAAACAAGGCUCGACAAGGAGUUCUCGAUCGCGAUUCGAGCUCCACCCGGCGGAGGACACCACUAUAAUGGGCAUUUUUCACGAGGGGAGACUUUACGACAGUUUCCCCGCUUGCGCAUUCUGAUACAAAAACAACACAACACGUUUGACGUCCGCUAGCUUCAUCGUGUGUACAUGGUGUUGGCGCUGCUGGCGUGACAGACUUCGAAGGGAAUGCUGGGAUUAGGGACAGAGACCCACUGCAAAAUUGCAAGAGGGAGGGCACACAACACACUUUACUAGGAGACCAUCCAGCACUGCAAACAUGUCUGGGGCGUCGGUAAAAGUCGCUGUUCGAGUUCGACCCUUCAAUUCCAGGGAGACGAGCAAGGAUUCGAAAUGUAUCAUUCAGAUGCAAGGCAACACAACGACUAUUCUCAACCCCAAAGCCCCAAAAGAACCAGCGAAGACCUUCAGUUUUGAUUACUCCUACUGGUCCCACACGACGCCGGAAGACCCCGGCUUUGCUGCACAGAAUCAAGUGUACAAUGACAUUGGGAAGGAAAUGCUGCAGCACGCCUUUGAGGGCUACAAUGUGUGCAUUUUUGCAUAUGGCCAGACUGGAGCUGGCAAAUCCUACACCAUGAUGGGCAAACAGGAGGAGGGCCAGGAAGGAAUCAUUCCCAUGCUUUGUGAAGAUCUAUUUGAGAAAAUCAAUGAGGAUAACAACAAAAAGGAGCUCUCCUAUUCUGUAGAGGUCAGUUACAUGGAGAUCUACUGUGAGCGGGUGCGAGAUCUGCUGAAUCCGAAGAACAAAGGGAAUCUGCGGGUUAGAGAACAUCCACUUUUGGGCCCCUACGUGGAGGACCUCUCCAAGCUUGCCGUCACUUCCUAUACUGACAUCGCUGACCUCAUGGAUGCGGGCAAUAAGGCCAGAACUGUGGCAGCCACUAACAUGAAUGAGACCAGUAGCAGGUCCCAUGCAGUUUUCACUAUUGUCUUCACACAGCGAAAACACGACAGUGAGACAGACCUUUCCACUGAAAAGGUCAGUAAAAUUAGUCUUGUGGACUUGGCAGGGAGUGAACGAGCAGAUUCCACUGGAGCUAAAGGCACCAGGCUGAAGGAGGGCGCAAACAUCAACAAGUCUCUAACCACGUUAGGAAAGGUCAUCUCUGCCCUGGCUGAAGUGGACAACUCCACCAGCAAGAGCAAAAAGAAGAAGAAGUCAGACUUCAUCCCAUACAGAGACUCUGUUUUGACAUGGCUCUUGAGGGAGAAUCUUGGUGGAAACUCCAGAACUGCAAUGGUUGCUGCCCUCAGUCCUGCUGAUAUCAAUUAUGAUGAAACUCUCAGCACACUGCGCUAUGCUGAUCGGGCAAAGAACAUCAAAUGCAAUGCUGUCAUUAAUGAGGAUCCCAACAAUAAACUGGUGCGCGACCUUAAGGAUGAAGUGGCUCGACUGAAGGAGCUGCUGCGUGCACAAGGACUAGGAGACAUCCUGGACAUUGAUCCUCUGGGGGAUGAUUGCCCAGGAAGUGGAAUCAAAUGUGACAGUGCUCAAAGCUUUAGAAUGCCACUGCUCAGUUGUCAAACUGAGGUUCAGAGCUUCAGACCAAAAGACCUUAAAGACAUUCAGAACAAUAAGAGUAGAUACUUGAUAGCCUCAGAGAACCAACGCCCUGGCCAUUUCUUCACAGCCCCCAUUGGUUCUCUGACAGCCUCUCCAUCCUCUGGCUCACUGUGCAGCCAGGUGGCCCUGCAGUCGGCCACCAGCAUCCAGGAGCGCAUCAUGUCCACUCCCGGUGGAGAGGAAGCUAUUGAAAGACUCAAGGAAUCUGAAAAGAUCAUUGCUGAGCUCAAUGAAACCUGGGAAGAGAAGCUGCGUAAGACUGAGGCAAUCCGCAUGGAGAGGGAGGCAUUACUUGCAGAGAUGGGCGUGGCAAUCCGUGAAGAUGGUGGCACUUUGGGGGUGUUCUCCCCUAAAAAGCUCAGCCGUGAAAGUCCAUUUGAUGAACAGUUUGAAUCUUUUCCUACCAAGAAGCAUUUCAAUGAGAAGCCUUGUGAUCUCUAUACAGACUUUAAUGGGGUCUUCUCCCCAAAGAAGACUCCUCACCUUGUUAACUUGAACGAAGAUCCUCUCAUGUCUGAGUGUCUACUAUACUACAUCAAAGACGGAAUUACAAGGGUGGGACAGGCUGAUGCUGAAAGGCGGCAGGAUAUCGUUUUAAGUGGUGCUCAUAUCAAGGAGGAGCACUGUAUUUUCCAUAGUGAGAGGAAUGCCAGUGGAGAUGUUGUCGUCAUGCUUGUGCCCUGUGAGGGAUCAGAGACUUACGUCAACGGCAAGCGUGUUGAGGACUCUAUUCAGCUGCGUUCAGGAAACCGUAUUAUUAUGGGAAAGAACCACGUGUUCCGCUUCAACCACCCCGAACAAGCUAGGGCGGAAAGGGAGAAAACACCAUCGGCCGAGACCCCUGUAGAGCCAGUGGACUGGACCUUCGCUCAGAGAGAGCUGCUGGAGAAACAGGGCAUUGACAUGAAACAGGAGAUGGAGAAAAGGCUCACUGAGAUGGAAAUCCUAUACAAAAAGGAGAAGGAAGAAGCAGACCAACUUCUUGAGCAGCAGAGACUGGUAUAUGAGAGCAAACUGCAGGAACUUCAGAAACAGGUUGAGACUCGUUCUCUGGUCGCUGAAACGCCAGAUGAGGAAGAGCUAGAGGAGGAGGAGGAAGAAGAAGUUCCGUGGACUGAGCAUGAGUUCAACAUGGCCCAGUGGGCCUUCAGGAAAUGGCGGUUCCACCAGUUCACAUCGCUCCGUGAUCAGCUGUGGGGGAACGCCGUCUACCUGAAGGAGGCCAAUGCCAUCAGUGUGGAGCUAAAGAAGAAAGUCCAGUUCCAGUUCGUCUUAUUGACGGACACCCUGUACUCACCUCUGCCGCCGGAGCUCUUACCACCGGAACCAGAAAAAGAGUGUGACUUCAGGCCUUUCCCUCGCACAGUGGUGGCUGUGGAGGUUCAAGACCUGAAGAAUGGAGCCACACACUACUGGUCCCUUGAGAAACUCAAGCAACGUCUGGACCAGAUGAGGGAGAUGUAUGACCGUGCAGGAGAAUUGGCUUCUACGCAUCAGGAGGACUGCGGGGAAGGCACUCUGACUGGAACUGACCCCUUCUAUGAUCGCUUCCAUUGGUUUAAGCUUGUGGGGAGCUCCCCCAUCUUCAAUGGUUGCGUAAAUGAGCAUCUGGCCGACCGCACGCCCUCGCCCACCUUCUCCACCACCGACUCCGAAAUCACCGAGCUGGCGGACGAGCGCCAGAGCGAGAUGUCUGACUUGAUGGACGACGAGGCAUUCGUCGAUGACACCAGCUCAGACGCCGGCACGGAGGAGGGCUCGGAUAUCUUCAACGAUGGCCAGGACCCCUUCUAUGACCGCUCCCCCUGGUUCAUCCUGGUGGGAAGAGCUUUUGUGUACCUGAGCAACCUGCUUUACCCCGUACCAUUGGUUCAUCGUGUUGCCAUAGUAACAGAGAAGGGUGACGUGCGAGGUUUCCUGCGUGUGGGGGUUCAGGCCAUAGCUGCUGAUGAGGAAGCCCCAGACUAUGGGUCUGGAGUACGACAAUCAGGAAGUGCCAAGAUCUCUUUUGACGAUGACUACUUCAAAAAAAAUGAUUUUCCAUCUACAAUUAUGACCCACGCUGGCUUGUCCCUGGAAGAGCUGCGCAUUGUGGAGGGCCAGGGUCAGAGUUCGGACGUCAUCCUCCCCUUGGAGGAGCUCAACAGAAUCAAUGACAUGGACCUCAAGCUGGGAAAUCUUCCAGAGACCAAGCUGCCUUGUGCUGACAGUCCACCUGGCCAGUUGCAGAUAGGCAGUACCUUCACCUUCCGUGUGACCGUGCUCCAGAGCACCGGUGUCCCACCAGAGUACGCUGAUAUCUUCUGUCAAUUCAAUUUCCUGCAUCGUCAUGAUGAAGCUUUUUCCACCGAGCCCUUGAAAAACACUGGCAAAGGCACUCCUCUGGGUUUUUAUCAUGUCCAAAAUAUUUCAGUGGAGGUGACAGAGUCCUUUAUUGAGUACAUCAAGACCACGCCCAUUGUGUUUGAAGUGUUCGGCCACUACCAGCAGCACCCGCUACAUUUCCAUGGCCAAGACCUCAUCAGCCCUCCAACACCAUCUAGGAAAUACUAUCCUAUUCCAAUGCCACUGUCUAAACCUGACCAUACGCGUAAGAUAGAGUUGCUCCGCUACCUGAUGAGUGGCUAUGUAAACGGCAAGGUGCUGGACACGCUGUCCGAGCAUGCCAAUGCCUUGGCCUCUUCCGCUGUGGCCAGCCUGGAGGAUGAAGCUGACCAGCUAUCGCAUUUUCCCUUCCUCUCAGUGCUUGACGACCCCGUAUUUAUUGUGCCCAGGCACCAUGUCCCAGCCACCAAGUUGAAUACAAUCACCAAGUCCAACCUGGGCCAGUGUGUCAGUAAAUACGAUCUUCUUGUCUGGUUUGAGAUCAGCGAGCUGGAGCCCACAGGAGAGUACAUUCCAGCUAUCGUGGAUCACAGUGGAGCACUGCCUUGCCAUGGCACCUACCUUCUGCACCAGGGUAUCCAGCGGCGGAUCACUGUGACUCUAAUCCACGAGAAGGGUAGCGAACUGCACUGGAAAGAUGUUCGCGAGCUUGUUGUGGGUCGUAUCAGGAACAAGGCUGAAGUAGACGACGGCGCUGCUGAUGCUGUUUUGUCACUUAAUAUCAUCUCUGCAAAGAACAUCAAAUCUUCCCAAAAUUCCAACAGGCUGUCUAUUGAUAAGGAUAUUGAUAGGACCUUCUACCGCUUCGAGGCAGUGUGGGACAGCUCACUACACAACUCCCUCCUGCUGAACCGCGUUACUCCUUAUGGAGAGAAGAUCUACAUGACGCUGUCGGCAUAUCUGGAGCUUGACCAUUGCAUCCAGCCUGCUAUUAUCACCAAAGACGUCUGCAUGGUCUUCUACUCCCGAGAUGCAAAGAUCUCACCUCCCCGUUCUCUCAGGAACCUCUUCGGGAGUGGGUAUUCGAAAGCCCCAGACUGCAACCGUGUCACCGGAAUCUACGAGUUGAGUUUGUGCAAGAUGUCUGAUUCUGGAAGUCCAGGCAUGCAACGCCGGAGGAGAAAGGUCUUAGACACAUCAGUGGCAUAUGUGCGUGGUGAGGAGAAUCUGGCUGGGUGGAGGCCCAGAGGAGAUAGCCUCAUCCUGGAACAUCAAUGGGAGCUGGAGAAAAUGGAGCAGCUGCAUGAGGUGGAGAAGACCCGCCACCUCCUCCUGCUGAGAGACAAACUGGGAGAAUCAGCUCCCGUGGGAUCGGCGCCAACCACCAAGUCACUAAGCGAGUUGCUCUCUCCAAGCAUGAGCUCAGGCACCUUGUCCACCUCCACCUCCAUCUCCUCGCAGAUCUCUAGCACCACCUUUGAGAGCGCCAUUACACCCAGUGAGAGCAGUGGCUAUGACUCUGCUGACAUUGAGAGCCUGGUGGAUCGUGAGAAGGAGCUGGCCACUAAGUGCCUCCGCCUCCUGACUCAUACAUUCAACAGCGAAUACAACCAGUUGGUGAACAGCAUCAGCGACUGCAAGCUCUCCGACAUCUCUCCCAUCGGACGUGACCUGUCGGUGACCAGCUUCAGCAGCGCCACGCUCACUCCUUCCUCCACCUGUCCUUCUCUCUCAGACUCCCGCUGUGGCUCCGUAGAACAGAAGACUCCAGAGAAUUGUUCCCGUGCGUCCAGCCCAUCCUGCUCAGACUAUGAAAACUUCCCCAUGGUUCCCACCCUGGAGGUGUCGUACCUUGCACGUGCUGGGAAAAACGAAUUCCUCAACUUGGUGCCUGAUAUUGAAGAAAUGAGGCCGGGAUCUGUCGUGUCCAAGAAGGGUUUCCUAAGCUUCAUGGAGCCACGCUCCAACUCAUGGGUGAAGCACUUUGUGGUCGUGCGCCGGCCUUAUGUCUUCAUCUACAACAGUGACAAGGACCCGGUGGAGCGGGGGGUCCUCAACCUUUCCACGGCGCAGGUGGAAUACAGUGAAGACCAGCAGGCCAUGCUCAAGACGCCCAACACCUUUGCUGUGUGCACAAAGCACAGAGGAAUCCUCCUGCAGGCCAACAAUGAGAAAGACAUGAACGACUGGCUUUACGCGUUCAACCCUCUGCUCGCUGGAACGAUAAGGUCCAAGCUGGCAAGGAGGCGUAGUGGCCUCGUCAAGAACUGAAGUGGAUACCACAAGCUCUAUUCUUUCCAAACGCCUUUGAACAUACCAAGUGUUAAUACCUAUUAAUCUUUGUGAUUCUUGACAGUUUUCUCUUGUAAGUAGACUUGUGGCUUACGUCUCCUUUCUUGCGAUUUCUGUCGCCCUUCCUCCUCAGCUUUUUGUUUUCUUUUAUUCACGACAAUGUCAAAAAAAAUUUCUGCUUUGCCGUCAUUCCCCCCCAUGCCAAGUCCCUAACUAGUAGCAUGUCGUGAUAGUCUACUCGUGUGCACGAUUGUGCAGACGAUAUUUUCCGUUUACCGAUCAUCUGUGAAAAUGUCUCCCCGUGUUACUUGUCAUCUAGCUGUUAUUCGGUUUUUUUUUGGUUUUUUUUAUUGCAUGAUAACUGCAGCAGUCCUCAGGAGAACACCCAAUUCGCUUACUGAAAAACCAACAAACAAUGGAUUCAAUCAUGAAGGGAAACUAUAGAUUAUACUGUAUCUCCAAGGGAUGCAUCUGCUCUCUGCAAAGCAACGUGUUGAAGAAAAAAAUGUUGCUAAUGUAGUCUUUUUCAUAAGAGUUGCUUCAGGUUUCUGCCUCGUCUAACGUAAGACGUCAGGCCCUUUUCCUGCUUCCGAAUGGCCUUUGGAAAACAAACCUACAUAUUAACAAACAGUUUAUUUAGGAUCUCAUCUUAGUGAAGACAGGAAUGGACAUUUUCCAUGUUAUAGCCAGAUCUCGUGUACAUACAUAACCCUGCUGUUGGGCCCACCUUUGUGCAAGAAAUAACUCAGUGAAGGUAAGGCUGGGUACAUAUUUGUUCUCUCACAUGAGUGGGACACAAUAAUAAUCAGGGAGAUGAUUUUAUGACAUUUGAACGUGUAAUCCAGGGGUGGGAAACCAAUAAGGCCCGUGAGAGCAUUUAACCGCCAUGCAAUUCUAAAAAAUGCAAACAAGACCUCAAAGGAACUGUAUAAAAUAUAUACAUAUAUAUAGUAUAUAUAACAUGUAACACACAACUGCUUAUAAUAUACUAUGCUAAAAAUGUUUCAUUAUCCAUCCAUCCAUCCAUUUUCUGAGCCGCUUAUCCUCACAAGGGUCGCGGGAGUGCUGGAGCCUAUCCCAGCUAUCAUCGGGCAGGAGGCGGGGUACACCCUGAACUGGUUGCCAGCCAAUCGCAGGGCACAUACAAACAAACAACCAUUCACACUCACAUUCACACCUACGGGCAAUUUAGAGUCUCCAAUUAAUGCAUGUUUUUGGGAUGUGGGAGGAAACCGGAUUGCCCGGAGAAAACCCACGCAGGCACGGGGAGAACUUGCAAACUCCACACAGGCGGGGCCGGGGAUUGAGCCCAAGUCCUCAGAACUGUGAGGCAGACGCUCUAACCAGUCGUCCACCGUGCCGCCAUGUUUCGUUAUUUACACUCAAAAUGGCUCCUGAUUGGACAAUGGUUCCCCACUCCUGAUACACGCACCCACACACAGACUGGAGCACUUUUGGCUCCCCACGUUUGUCAAACAAAGAAAGAGUCGGCAUUAAAUAGAUGAAGCUGCGUGUAAGCUGCUUGCAUUAACACAUCCACUCGACGUCACUGUGUCAACACCAUGUGUUCCAUUCAUUUUCUCUUCACAGUCUAGUAUUUGCUAUUUUCAGUUGCUAUUAACAUUUUUUGUUUUCUGGUUUUAAUAAUUUAAUAAGGGUGUUUUAUAUGACAGGGCAUUGUUUCUGUUCUUGAACCAGCUGCAUUUUGUGAUUUAACCAUUUUUUGUUUGUUUGUUUGUUUGUUUUUGCACGUGUACACUAUAACAAGACAAGGGCCAAAAUGCACAUAUCAAGGCGACACUCGGACUGCUGUUACACAAAAGGGUUCUUUAAAAAGAAGAUAUAUUCAAGGGGCAAAAUAUACUUUAAUACUUUAAUCAUGCGAUUGUUGUCGGAAAAUAAUUGAUCUGUGCAUUAUUGGCUACGUUGAGCUCCUGCUCAACUCAUUUUGCCGCCUCUGUCUUGACAUGUGAGUAUGGUGGGAUUGGUACAGAUAGGUGAUUUUAAACUCUGGCCAACCAACCAGUAGUGUCCCUUUGUACAAUAUCAAUACAUUGGUAAGAAAUGAAGGUGAACGGAGGCACCGAUACUGCUUUUAUUUAUUUUCAAUAGACUGAAGAAAUCUCGCACAUCAUCAGAAAUGUUUUUUUAUUCCUCAGGUCAGCCAACCUGCUAGUCAACAAAUUAAGUCUGAUGACUUUUGUGAUUUUUAUGCAUUCUCUGUCACUUCUUAGAGAGAUGUUUUUGUGUUCCCUAUAUUUAAUGCCAGGGUAGCUAUUUUCCACCUGUGUGGCUAAUUUGCUGAGUUCUCUAACUUUGGAGUGUGUAUUUAUUGUUUGCAAAGUACAUAUUAGUUUGCAGCUCUUUGCACAUAUUAAUGAAAACCUUCAAUUAACUGAUCAAAAUCUGCACAGUUUAGUUGCUCUUAAACCAAAUGAUGUGGCGUGGCAGUGGAAUGUACCGUGAAGAUGGAUGUGUUUCCAGGUCACUUAUAAGGGACAAAUAGAACCACAAUAAUUUCAUUGUUCCUUGUUGGGGACAGUUGGUUGCGUAGCUGCUUUCUUUUUUUUUUUUUUUUUCCGUUAGAAAGUGAUGAGAGUGAAAGUCUGCCUGUGAUAGCAAGCAUAUCCACGCACUACUCAUACUAGCCAGCCAUGUGAAUUCUAACCAUGUUAGAGUUUCAUUUUUUCUUAUAUCAGGGAUUAUAAUAUGAAGUAGCUAAUUAUAUCUAAGAUGACUAAUACGUUAUUGGUUGUGCUUCUGUCUUCACCUAAACAUGUUUCCGUCGAUGCCUUUUAAACAGAACAAGCUUCCCCUCUGACAAUUAUCAGUUAACCCUUUGGAUUCACCAAAAGUUCCAAAUAGAAAAAGCAAACAUUGACACUGUACAUUUGUUUUUGUUUCCAUACUUACUUUGUAAAUAUCUGUGUUGUAUGGAGCUUGAAUAAAAAUGUAAAUAUGUUUACUGUAUUUGUAAUAAUUAUAAUCCAUUCGCUGUAUAGCAUAGAUGUGUCAUGCAGAUAUUCUAAUAACUGUACGGUAACCCUGCACCAUUGGUCUGUCUAGUGAAUGAGGAAACAAUAAAAGUGCAAACUGGU